CAAGGCGGUGCCUUUCCUUUGUUGUAAAGGAAGAAAUAAUUGAAUUCCUUAUUGCUCAUGAUGUUCAGAGCGUGGAGUAACCAUUGAUCCACUUUGCCGUCUUUUUCCACCCACACCAAUUCUCCUCUCUGUUUCCUUUUCGCUUUUUCUCCGAUCCCUUUCUUGGAGUUCUUCAGCCUGGCUCUCUUGCUCCCCGUCGGUAGAAAAACCAAAGGGCAGGGGAAGAGGAAGCUCUCCGGCGAUAUGGAGGACGGCGGCGGCGGCAGAGCAUCUGGUUGCUGGUCGUACGAGAAGCUGAAAUGCGUAGGUUCGAGCAUGGCAUCAGCUUUCUUCGCGUCCUUGGAGCGUUGUUCCUGCAUCAAUCUCUCCACCUCCGACGACGCUGACGACGCCUUGGAAGCUCAAGAUCGUCCCCUCAUGUUCUCCAACUCCAUCUCCAAGUCCAAUUCCUCCUCCGCCCCCAUCUUCUCCGCCGCCGAUCCGGUCGUUUCUCUUCGUGCCUGAGAGGAGAUAAGGAGACGGGAUCCUUCGUCGUUGAUUUGUCUUUCGCCUUGGUUAUUGUUGUAGGAAGGAAGUGAGUAAGUACUACUUCUAUUGGGGGGAUUUGAUCCUUGCUCUGUUUCUUUACUUUUUGGGUGUUCAUCAAUUGUACUGUUUGGCUCUGUUUGUUCAACUGGGAAUUGGUGUUCAUCAGAGUUAGUGGUUUUGAUUUGUUCAACAAUUACAACUCAUCUAAUCAUUGUUCAUAAUGAAACAGCAACUCGAUCGGAUAUAAAAUUACUCAACAAGA